AUGGCAGGAGUCAAUCCCCCUCAGCUCGCCCCACAACCAGAUUUCGGGAGUCUAUCACAAGGACUCCAGGAAGCCGCUACCGAGUUGGCAAAUUCUGCUAAUCUUCCUGCACUUUCUCAGGGCAAUGCAAUCAUGCAACAGAUGCAGAAGAUGAACGACCAGAUGCAGCAAAACCAUCAACAAACUCAGCGGCAGAUGCAGCAGCAACUCCGCACCGAUAUCACCACAUUACGUCAGGCAAGCGUGUACAAUUCUGCUGCCCGCCUUGAAAACUCUAAUAUUAGAAAAACUGACACCGCUAUUAUCGCACUCCAUGGACCUACAAUAAACGCCAAUAUUGCAGGUUUUCCUGCCACACCCGCUCAUCUCGCGAAUAUGACAGGUCCUGCGCUAGAUAGGGUUUUAGCAGCACUAGGCCAGCCUACCAAUGGCAAGACCGCGGCUAAGAAGCAACGGCUGAGGUUCUACACUGGAUUGCGGAACAUUAGCGAUUAG